AUGGGGAUCAUUAACUGGAUGCAGAAUCGCUUCAAUAAUGGUAAACAAGAGAAAAGACGAUCCGAGGCCGGUGUCGGGAACUCGGCUCGCGCAGAUGUCCCUGGUGUCCGAGAGAGCUGCCGCCAAGAACACGCUCGCGAGGAGAAGCAGAGCCCUAACGGCGACUGGCCGCAGGGCCUCCUCUCGAUCGGGACGCUCGGGGACGAGCCGCCGCCGGAUGGAGCCCCGCUCGCGUCGCAGGCGGCGGCCGACGUGCCGGACUUCACCAUCGAGGAGGUGAAGAAGCUGCAGGACGCGCUGAACAAGCUGCUCCGGCGCGCCAAGUCCAAGUCCAGCUCCCGCGGCUCGGGCGCCAUGGACGAGGACCGCGCCAGCAGCCAGCUGCCGCUCGACAGGUUCCUCAACUGCCCCUCCAGCCUCGAGGUGGAUCGCCGGAUCUCCCUGAGGCGCGCGGCGGGCGACGGCGGCGAGAAUGGCGAGUUCUCGCCGGACACGCAGAUCAUACUGAGCAAGGCCAGGGACCUCCUCGUCAACAGUAACGGCGCCGCCAUCAAGCGCAAGUCCUUCAAGUUCCUCCUCAAGAAGAUGUUCGCCUGCCGCGGCGGCUUCGGGCCUGCGCCGAGCUUGAAGGAUCCAGUCGAAUCAAGAAUGGAGAAGUUGUUUAGGACGAUGCUGCAGAAUAAGAUGAGUGCUCGGCCGAGCAAUGCCAACGCUGGGUCAUCGAGGAAGUACUAUCUGGAGGACAAACCGAGUGGGAGGAGGAUGAUAAGAGAUCGCCGUCAUGAAGAAGAUGACGAUGACAAGGGCUCCGAUAGCUUUAAGUGGGACAAAACUGAUACAGACUUCAUUGUUCUGGAGAUUUAG